CACACAUUUAACAUAAGAAUUAAGGGAGAAGUUUUCAGCCAAAAAAAAAAAAAAAAAAAAGAAUUAAGGGAGAAGAGAAAGAUCCAAAUAUGUCCGGUUCUGAAACUCCUAUCGGUAACAGUAUCCCUCUUCUUACACCAUACAAAUUGGGAAACUUUAAUCUUUCUCAUAGAAUUGUUUUGGCACCGUUGACCCGGCAAAGGUCAUACAACAGCAUCCCUCAGCCACAUGCCAUCUUAUAUUACUCUCAGAGAACCACCAAUGGGGGUCUUCUCAUUGCUGAGGCAUCUGAAAUUUCUGAUACUGCUAAAGGGUAUCAAGAUAUGCCUGGUAUUUAUACAAAAGAGCAAGUUGAAGCUUGGAAACCCAUUGUAGAUGCUGUUCAUGCCAAAGGGGGUAUUUUCUUCUGUCAGAUUUGGCACGGAGGAAGAGUCUCGAAUAGCGUUUUCCAACCAAAUGGCCAAGCUCCAAUCUCUUGUACAGACAAGCCAUUGACCCCCCAAAUAUUAACUAACGGUGUUGAUGUUGCACAGUACACACCUCCAAGGAGGCUUAGAACAGAUGAAAUUCCUGGAAUUGUUAACGAUUUUAGACUCGCUGCAAGGAAUGCAAUUGAAGCAGGUUUUGAUGGAGUUGAGAUCCAUGGGGCUAAUGGCUACAUUAUUGACCAAUUUUUGAAAGAUCAAGUUAAUGACCGAACUGACCAAUAUGGUGGAUCCCUAGAGAACCGUUGUCGAUUUGCUUUAGAAAUCGUCGAAGCAGUUGUUAAUGAAAUUGGUGCAGAUAAAGUUGGAAUAAGAUUAUCUCCAUUUGCUGACUACAUGGAAUCAGGGGACUCCAAUCCUAAUGCAUUAGGCCUCUACUUGGUUCAAUCCUUGAACAAAUAUGGGAUCCUAUACUGCCAUGUGAUUGAGCCAAGAAUGAAGUUGCAGGAUGAAAUUGCUGAAUGCUCUGACAGCCUUGCACCCAUGAGAAAGGCUUUUAAAGGUACCUUCAUUGCCGCUGGGGGUUAUACCAGGGAGGAUGGGAACAAGGCGAUUGCUGAAAAUCGUGCUGAUCUUAUUGCAUAUGGUCGAUUGUUCUUGGCUAAUCCAGAUUUGCCAAGGAGAUUUGAGCUUAAAGCUCCUCUAAAUAAGUACAACAGAGAGACAUUCUACAUAUCUGAUCCUGUUCUUGGUUACACUGAUUACUCAUUUCUCGAAACUGCUUAGUAAUUACUGGAAGAGGUGAAUGAACUUUACAGAUUAACUAUGAUUGUCGUACCUGUAUCUUGUUAAUAUAUCUAAUAGAAACUAUAUUUAUAAUUAUGAUAAAAAUCACUAGGCAGGGGUUCAAGUUGAUAGUGUAUUGAAAUGUUGAUUGAUUGUUUCUGGCUUACCCAGCCAGCCGUUUGAAUUUGGUAUUUGUAGAUGCUGUAAAGCAAACAGAAUCUAUUCAAAUGGGAACUGUAUGCCACUGUACCAUUAUGUUAUUAUUCUAAUUCAUUAGUUAUUAUAAUAAAGACUAA